AUGGCUACUCCUCGGGAUGUCACCAUUGAUAGACUCAAUGGGAACUGGACUUUGAGCAAAAGCUUGUCAAGUGAAUUAGAUCUCAUCUUCAAACUUCAAGGGAUUAACUGGCUCCUCCGCAAGGCCAUCUCCUUAACAGACAUCAAUCUCAAAAUCUGCACAUCUCACACUUUGAAUUCUGAAACGGGGGAAUCUGUCGCUAAAAUCGAAUUCCUACAAUCCCCAUCUAUCGGCAGCCUUGCUUCAACUACUGAGGUGCGCGUGCUAAACUGGGAGGCACAGACGCAUUUCGAUUACUUUUUUGGGGAGGUAGUGUGUCGGAGCUGCUUUGUCCGAGCCUCCCCUACCACUCAGGAUGAUGGUUGCCUGAGACCAGAUUUUGAGUUGCAAGUUGGGCAGUUAAAUAUCGAUGCUAAAUUGUUUCUCAGCGGAGAAACAUCUGCAUCCGGAGUUAAAAGUCAUGCUUCCUCGGAUGGAUUCCUUGUGGAGCAACCAGGAAUUGACCAGGCUUGUAAUCAGGGGUUGUGGGUGCAUACGCAUGAGAGAAACCUGGGUUCGGGUUGGGAAGUAGAGCAGAUCUGGGGCUUCGAAAUGAUCAACGAGAAGCGGUACUUCACGCGCAGACUGGUCGUCACUGGAGCUAAAGGGCGAUAUCUCUGCGGAAAGUUGGUCUACGACUUCAACAGGUAUAGCAGCUAA